AUGAACGGCAACCCCGGCCAAGCGUCUGGCCUCCGCUACCCCUCCAACAAGAAGAGCAUAUACGACCGCAAUCUCAACCGCAGCAAGAAUGCCGAGCUCAGUCGCGCCGCCUUUGCCUAUCUCUUCAUCGAAAUGAUUGCGUAUGCGCAGAAGGGUGCAAAGGACGUGGGCGACCUGGAACAAAGACUCAACAGCCAAGGCUACCCGAUUGGCCUCCGUCUCCUCGACCUGCUCCUCUCGCGCACCGCAAACCCGCUCGCCUCGAUACGCCCGACGCGCAUCCUGCCGCUCCUCCAAUUCAUCGCCCAGCAGCUAUACCGCUACCUGUUUGGGCGGCCGGCCGACGCGCUGGAAAAAUCUGGCACCGACCCAGGCCAGUACAUGCUGUUUGACAACGAGCCCAUGGUCAACCAGUACAUCUCGCUGCCCAAGGAGCUGUCGAGCCUCAAUUGCGCCGCCUUUGUCGCCGGCAUCAUCGAGGGUGUGUGCGACGGCGCGGGUUUUCCGACUGAGGGCGUCACGGCGCAUAGUGUGGGCGAGGAGGAGGGCAAGGAUGGAAAGGGCAUGUGGCCUGGCAAGACGGUCUUCCUGAUCAAGUUUAAGCCAGAGGUCUUGGAGAGAGAAGAGAUACUGGGGAGAGGU